AUGUACGGAUCUGGAACCCAAAAAUCAAACGGUCCUGAGGGGAAGAUCUUCCCUGCGACCACUUUUGGACCAGGACCCAAUGACAAGCGCUGUCCCAAUUGUGGCACGAAUCCGGAUAUUAAUAGAAAAGUUACGUACGGCGGCGACUGUGACAAGCGACCGAUGGAAAAGCCAACAAGUGAUCGCCAAAACCAAGCCAAAAUGGAGGCGCUGCCCACUAUGCCACUGAUGGCACCACAAUUUCGAACGUCAACGCUCUCCUACGAUAAUAUUCCGAGUUUUGACUUCAGAUUGAGAAUGAAAGAGUACAUUUUGCUCACUUUCAAUGCGGAUCCACACGACUACGAUAAGGCGUUCGACGAGUUGUCACAACUCAAAUUUGAAGCGAACAUUCCAGCGGCGACACCAGAACAAACACACAAAUUGAAGAAAUACUAUAAUCAAUUGUGUCUAAUGCAGAAAAGAUUCCCAAUGGGUUCGGGGGAACAGAUGGAAACUCCUUUUGCAUGGCACGACGGAUUGGUUGAUAUGAGGAGUGCGCAGAGUGAAGUGACGAUAUGUGACAUCGAAUUCGAAAAGGCGUCGGUUAUGUUCAAUAUUGGAACAUGUCAUGCACAAAUUGCAGCCGAACAGUUGAGAGAUACUCAGGAGAGCAUCAAAACGGCAUUUUCCCAUUUGCAAGCGGCGACACUCGCAUUCGAACAAUUGAAUACAUUCAGAAAUUCCGAUUUCUUCUAUCCGUCGGUCGAUUUGGAUGCGAAUGUCAUCGCGUUCUACUAUAAAGUUCUGCUGGCGCAAGCUCAAGAAUGUCUCGUCCAGAAGUCUCUUCUCGAGAAUCGAAGUCCAAUUCUCAUUGCGAAAUUGUGUUUGUGGAUACAAGAAGCUUACGAUUCGGCGACGAAAAUUGUUGACGAUUGGAGUGUUAACAUACCGGAAAGUGUGCAGAGAUACUACGCAAAACUGUGUCGUGUGAAAAGUGAUAUCUACGCAGUGAUUGGAUACAUGUCGAUGGGCGAUCAUUCGGAGAAAGAAGAGAAGAAAAUGGGAUGGCGCCUACAGUACUACAAUAUUGCAAUGAAAUAUCAAGAUCAUUUGACGACGAAUCAGGCGAAAAUGAGAGAUCGAUAUCCAGAGUUAUAUGUCACUUCACUCUUCUUGUUCGAUGUCAUUACGGCGAAACAAAAGAACGCAGAAAAAGAGAACGAUUUCAUCUACCAUGAUCGUGUUCCAAAACAAGAAGACGCCGUGGACGCGGCGCUGAAAGACGGCGUCCGAUGCAUAGUCGAUCUGAAAAAAGUGCAAUUAAUGGAUCCAUCUGGGGCGUACGGUGCCGAUUUAUUCGCGAAACUUCUGCCGUCAUUCGUUCAAGAGGCCACAGCGAAAUAUUCAGAGAAAAAGGACGAAAUUCUACGAGAAAUGAAAGAAAUCAUUAAAUCCUAUGAUGAUCACCUCAAUUAUCAACUGCAAUUAGCGGAAUUCGAUAAAUUACGAUUCAUGUUGGAUUCGGGGAGGAAUCGAGAGGCGUGGUUUGAAAUUUCGGAGGAUUUAAUGAGAAGGAACGCGGAUAUGACGAGUUAUCCUGAUUGUGUACCCAAUUUAAUUGAGAAAAUGAGAGAAUCGAGUGAUACUGCAAGAGUUGCCGAAGCGAAACUCAAUACUUUACUCUCAAAACUCAGAGCUAUCGAUCUUCCGAGACUUAAAGCCGAUGAGGGAUUCAAUUUGAUUCAGAAAGAGUUGGAACGACUCGGUGGACAUUUGGAACAAGCCAAAGCCAAUAAUGUGUCACUCAACAAAGCCAUUGCUCAACACUCGGCGAAUUUACAGUUGUUGACACUGCCGUGUGCGGAAAUGUGGCAGAAAAUUGUGCCGCAGGAAGCGGAGGGGGUGAAAAAAAGCUCAUCGGAGGUGCCAAGUGAACAAGAGAGACGAAUGCGUGAAAUGGUGAAUAAAGUGUUGGAAAUGAUUGAGCAGAGAAAACAAUUCAUUGCUCAACUGGAAGCGACGCUCAAAGCAGACGAUAUAUCGAGCAAAUUGAUUGGAACCAAUGAGAGAGGAGCCGAAGAAAUAAUGCACAAAGAGCUGGAAAAGCACUCGGACGCUCAAAAACUGAUUCGUCUCAACGCGACGGCUCAAGACGCGAUUCUCCGCGCGUUCACCGAUGCGAACGCCGAUUUUUUCGAAGAGCGAUCGGAAUUAUCGACGAAAAAAGAGGAAUACGAACGACGGGUCGUCGAAUUGUGUGCAUCGUAUGAAGUAUUUCAAGAUGUACAGAGAAAAUGUGAAGAAGGUGAACAAUUCUAUCGACAACUCAUGGCGAGAUGUGAUCAGUUCGCGAUUCCAGUACACGCCAUGGAGGAGCAGUAUCGCGAAGAGCUCGAAAAAAAGGAACGCGCUCAGAAGGAAGCCGAGCACCACAUGAAUCAAUUGCGAAUGUCUCGAGAGGCUCAAAGUGCUCUUAUGGAUUUCGGUGGAGGAGGCGGAGCCUCGAGACCACCUCCAGGGGGCGGAGCCUAUCCACCACCUCCAAGGGGCGGAGCUUCAGGUCCCCGUCUCGGCGAUUUUCUGGAUAGUUAUCGAGCCAGAAAAGCCGGGAAUCAGAUGCCGCCUUCAGAAUCCCAAGAAGUGGGCGGAGCCUAUUCACAGGCUCCGCCUCCAGGACCGCCCUCCCCGACGCCGAGCAGCAUUUGCGAUUUCCCUGUGAGCUCACGGAGCCAACGAUUCGCAAGCCACGCCCCUUUCCAAGCUCCGCCUCCUGGAAGCCCCGCCUACCAGCAACCGUAUCCAGGGCCGCCUCCAAGUUCUUAUAGUGUGCCGAGAGUUGUGCCAGAAGUGGGCGGAGCCUAUGGACAACAAGCUCCGCCCACUCCUAGAGCUCCAGGAGGACCAGGAGGCUAUCAAGCGCCGCCCAAUUCUCAGCAAGCCCCGCCUCCUCCAGGAUACCAAUACCAAGCUCCGCCCACUUCUUAUCAGGCUCCGCCCACUGGAUAUUCGCCAUCACCGGUUCCGAGUCAAGGAUCCUAUCAGGCUCCGCCCACUCAGCACCAAGCUCCGCCCACUGGGUAUGCUCCAUCACCGGUUCCAAUUCAAGGAUCUUAUCAGGCUCCGCCCACUUCUCAACAAGCCCCGCCUCCAGGACACCAAUACCAAGCUCCGCCCACUUAUCAGGCUCCGCCCCCAGCGUCCUAUGCUCCGUCACCGGCUCCAAGUCAUGCUGGAAGUCAAGGAUCUUAUCAAGCUCCGCCCACUCAGGGAUAUCAAUAUCAGGCUCCGCUUCCUGCACUCCAACAAGCUCCGCCCCCUCCUCGUCCACCAGUCUACGGAGGCCCCGCCCAUCAAUAUCAGGCUCCGCCUCCUUCUGGGGCUCCAGGAGGCUAUCAAGCUCCGCCCACUUCGUCAGUGUCACCGAAUCAUCCAGGAUUCCAUUCUUAUCAGGCUCCGCCCACGCAGCAAGCUCCGCCCCCAACUCAACAAUACCAAGCUCCGCCCACUUCUCAACAAGCCCCGCCCCCUCCGCCACAGUACCCAUCAUACCAAUCGAUACCGCCACCGGCUCAACCGACGUACCAACAUCCGCCACUCGGAGCUCCGAUCUCGGCUCCGCCCCCUUCUGCUCAACAUCAACAUGUGGUGGCUCCGCCCACUUCUGUGGCUCCGGGAGCUCCGGCUGCUGCUCCAAAUCGAUUUACGCCGAUUCCGGGAGCUCCGUCACCGUGGCACGCGACGCCCGCUGAGUUGAAGACACCCUGGGCCACUCAACCUCAAUAUCAUGCUCCACAACAGACUCCUGGAGCUCAAGGAGCCGCCCCACAAGCUCCGCCCUCUUCUAAGCAGAGCAAUGUCGAUUUACUCAGUGAUUUACUCGGAGAUUUCAAUAUGGCACCGCCAAUUCAGCCAAUGGUUCAGAAUAAUCAAUAUCAACAACAAGCUCCGCCCCCUCAUCAAGCUCCGCCCACUCAACAAGCUCCGCCCCUCCAACAACAAAAUCCAUCGGAUUUUCGCUUGGCGACGAAUCCACCGGAACCGCCGUCCGUCGCUUCUAGAAUCAAACCGGCGGCCGCCGUUCAACCGAUGCCUCAACAACAGCAACAAUCGACUGGAAUUGUGGAAUUGAGACAAUUGGCUCAACAACAUGUGGAUAAUGUACAGGAGACACCGAUACUGAUGAAAGGGUCCCCAAGCGUGACGGAACUCUCGGACCCGUCGAAAUUCCAAUUAGGAGAGGGAAAUGUGCAGAAAUUGGAGAAACGAAUGCUUCAUCAAAGUUUUCGAACCAAUGGUCCACCACCACCACUCAACCAAUCGGAUCCAUUGAAUCAAAUUGAUGCAUUCAGUUUCGCGUCUUUCGGAUCCUCUUCGAAUACUAAUUCAACUCGUCGAUAA